CAGUUAAAGCAAUGUUUCUUCAUUCAUUGAGUGCCGACAGCAAGAGUACUUCCACCAUCAGAGGAAGGAAAAACAUGGAACUCGACGAACGCGCCCAAUUUGAUGUCCAACUCUAUCUCGACCUACAGUUUGUAGACGAGACACUGGCAAUGGACUUCGAAACCCUCGACGGUACCAACCCUAACAUUCGUCAUUUCUGUCGGGCGAUUCAAACACAGGUUAGUUACCAUUGGAGAACAUGAGUAUGAAUGGCAUUGAAAAAGAUAUCUCAAACAAAAUAUGCGUCAACUCAACAUUUUUGUCAUGAGCAUAGAUUUUUGGUGAUAUUGUUACAGAAGCAGCAAAAGAAUACAAUUCGACUAUUGUAAAUGAGAAUAAUACGCAGCUCGAUUGUGAUAUUGUGGCGACUUCCAGAGUCAACGAUCCAGAGGCCCAAGACGUUUUUGGCGACCGUUUUUUUUCGCUUCAGGUACAUAUAUCUCAGAGAGUUGUUGUAGAAUCAUUCAAUCAAACUCUGUAUUUAGAAGUGGUACAAUCCAUUGUGGAAACAGGUUUUGAUGUUGUGAGUGGCGGCCAACGGGAAUUCCGAAACAGUCUUUACGUCAACCCCUUGUUUCGCUCCAUCAUGACAAUUAAAAUUAGAAGAGGAUUGACAGCAUCAUCAGAACCCCCGUCCUCCGAUCCAACAAUAUUGACUUCAUCCACCCCGAGCGAAGAUUCAUCGCAGAAUCCAUCUCCAAAGCCCAGUAUAUCACCCACAAUACAUCCAAGUUUAAACCCUUCAACAUUUCCUUCAAAAUCUCCCAGCUUGUCUCCAUCUACAAGACCAUCUUUGGCCUUAAGCAGUCUACCGUCAUUUUAUCCCUCGGUAAUCCAGUCGACACGACCCACAAAAAUCCCGUGCACAGAUUCGUCCACCGGUCGGUCUGAGAAUCCAACGCCUACCGUUUUUCCCGAUAUCAAUUAUAAUCCAGCCACAGAAAAAAAUUCAAAAAAGAAUCCUCGGAACCUCGCAGUGGUUGCCGGGGUUUUGGGUGCUUCUAUAGUGAUGGCUGUUGUGUCGUUGAUCCUUUGUCUUCUAUUUUAUCGAUAUAAAAAGAAAGAUAGGGAUAGAUUCAUAUUUCCAAGCGCAGUACCUUUGAGCCAAAACAACGGUAAUUUCAUUCCAGGGAUAGUAGAAUUAGGCUACGAUCACCAGUCACUAGCGGAUACUACAUUGGGAGAUCAAACUGUAGGAAGGGCCAAGAUACACCUUGCAGGAAACCCUCUCCAGAAAGGACUUGAAAGCUUUGACGAAAAUUCUCUAUUUACUUCACCUUUUCCCAUCGAUGAACCGGAACAACGAGCAACAGCAAUUACACCGCAAUCUGUGCAAUCUUCGCUCUCUAGUCAAUUGAUGGUCCCCCUGGAAUAUGAAGAAAGUGUAGUAUUUCCACCAUCCGAAUCCGUUUCAGAUGAUUCAAGCGGGGGCGUAGAAGAUCCAUCAGUUUUGAAAGAGAAUAUCAAACGUUACACAGGCGCUGCAUUGAAAGUGAAGACAUCGAUCCCUAUCGACAUCGACUCCAACGAACUAUACUUUGACGAUGAUCUAAUAUCAAAGAUACAUCCUCUCAAACCUCGUUCAUCGACAGCAUCCAAAAGUGAUGACUUUUCCCGCACUCCAUCCGAUCUCGAUGUGUGGUCCUUCGAUUUUGAAGACUUUGAUAGGGGUUCUGACUUCUACAAAGGUGAAGAAUUCUCUAAACCGCCUUCUCUGUCUUCUUCGGCGAGCACACACCAUAUUCAAAAUAUUACAUCCCCCAAAAUUCUUGUCGACAAUGAGACAAAAUCAUCCCCGGUGAAACAUCAUUCAAAACCAGUGGAAAUAUUCGCUAACGACAAAGGUGAAAAGAAAAUCAAUCCGACAAAAGUCCAGGACAAUAUUGCUCUGACGGACUUGAUUUUGGUAGCAAAUUCAGAAAAGGAACCAAAAUACAAGGCGUCAAAUAGAAAGAGUAAAGAUAGAAGAUUGCCAUCAUCGCCUUCAUCCUCGAGAGAGUCACAGUUGUCGAAGAAGACUACCGUAUCCUAUUUUUCUCAGAAAACAAAAACCGGGGCUCCCACACUCGAAAGUCUCAGUAAUGGUAUGGUGAAUACUUUAACGGACCUCUUUGAUCGGAUGGCAAUUCCUAAGGUGACCCCAGAAGGAGACGAAGUCGUUUACUCGGACAGGAAAGGUGCCAACACUACAUCUCACAGCAAAGGACAGAAUGGGCCAGAGGUCAUCAACACUAUUUCAGAUGACGAUUCGGGAAUGUCAGCAAGCCCGUGGUUAAUGGAAAAAAUCGAAAACACACUUGGACCAAAGAGUCUCAACGCGGACCUCGCCUCGAUGAGUGGAAAAUCACAAAAAUCUUCCUAUUUCAAACCUAAACCGCCUCAAAAUAGAAAAAAUGAAAGUGAAGUGAGUUUCGGGAGUAGUAGUAACUACAGCCGAUUUUCGAAUAGUGACGUCGGAUCAAUCAUGUCGGCAGUAUCCUCAUCAAUGUCCACUGAUAUUUUUGUUCAGAAGCAACCAGAAGAAAUCACCUUUGUGAAGACAUCGAGGAAUACCCUCGAAGAUGGCAUCAAACGUCUCGAGAUGCAAUUGGCAGCAUUAGAUCAAACAGAAAAGGAUGAUACUACGUCAUCUGUGACCAUGUCAAGUAUCACUGGAGGCAGUUUCUCAUCUAUCUCUGGAAAAAGCCGCAAUGGUAAAAAUAGAAAAAGAGUGCUCGUGAUAGUCCCUCCAGGAAAGUUGGGGGUGAUCUUGGCAGAUCAGCACGAUGGGAAUGGGACAGUGAUAAACAGCAUUAAACGCGGAUCACCAGUUACUGGUGUAUUGAAACCAGGAGAUAGGCUUGUAGCUGUUGACGAAAUUCCAGUAGUCGAAAUGAGUUGUAGCCAAAUAACAAGUCUUAUUGCAUCCCGAGCUGAUCGUAAGCGGCGGUUCACUGUGAUGACAACCGUUGCCACUAAGACCAAUAGAAAUAUAAAUUGAUUCCAUUCGCAAGAGAAAGAAAUUUGAGGUCAUCUG